AAGGCAUACAGAAGAUACUCAAAGUUAUAAGAUUCAAAAUAUUUUUUCAUGAAAGCAAUCAACGCCCUAGAAAAGUUAAAAAAAAUUCAAAAUCUAGAGUUAUUAAUUUAAAAAGCGUGUAAAAUGCCAAAGAAGAUCACAACAAACACCAAAUCGCUUGAAGCACGUGAAAGGAUUGCAUCUGCAAAAAAGACUAAAGCUGAAUUAGAUGAAAAAAGGAAGGAAGAUGCAAAAUGGGUUGAUGACGAUAAGAAUCUAGCAAAAAAACAGGAAAAGAAGGCAGAGGAAGAACGGAAAAAGGCUGAAUUAUUGAAAAAGAAAGCAGAGAAAAAGGCAUUACUGGAAGAAGAAGAGAAAUCAAUCGUGGUAGCAGCCAAGAUCCCGCAAAUUAAAAUGUCAAAAGCUCAAAUUGACAUGGAAGUUGCAAAGAGAAAUAAGAAUAUUGAAAGCCUGAAACAAAAAACUGAAAGGGUUGUCGUACAAAAACCAGCUCCACUCGAAGAAAAUUUUAAUAGAGCCAUGUUUGAUGUUCAUGUAGCAAGUACAAUUGAUGAUGCUAUUAAAGUCCUUAAAGUAGAUGAUACGGAAGAUGAUAAACAUCCAGAAAAGAGAAUGAAAGCUGCAUAUAAAGCAUACGAGGAGGCACAAAUGCCAAUCCUUAAAGCUGAAAAUCCCUCUCUAAAAUUAUCUCAAUUAAAGCAAAUCAUCUUUAAGAAUUGGCAAAAAGCUCCUGAAAAUCCUUUAAUUAAGCAAUGAACAGGCUUGGAUUAAUUUAUUCAAUAUACUAUGUCAAAAAAUCAUGAAAUAUGCAUACAACUAUUGUAAAUGUGCUCUUGAAUCAAGAAAGAAUUAAAAUGUGAUUAUCAAAUUUAA